GUGGGCUUCGACGCGGGCUAGGGUUUUAUUCCCGUUCAUCACGUGUUUGGCACGUGCACUGGUUGCUUCGGAGCAAAGACGUUAGGGUUUCGGAGGGCAUAUAAGAGAGAAGAAGCUUGCGACGGCGAAAUCCUAGAGACCCCAAGUGUCGCCACCGCUCUGCCAAAAUGGGUAUCUCACGGGACUCCAUGCAUAAGAGGCGCGCCACCGGAGGCAAGAAGAAGGCCUGGAGGAAGAAGAGAAAGUAUGAGUUGGGGAGGCAACCGGCAAACACAAAACUUUCGAGCAACAAAACGGUGAGGAGGGUCCGAGUCCGUGGGGGCAAUGUGAAGUGGAGGGCCCUUCGGUUGGACAGUGGGAAUUACUCGUGGGGAAGUGAGGCUGUGACGCGCAAGACCCGUAUCCUUGAUGUGGUCUAUAACGCUUCGAACAACGAACUUGUGAGGACACAGACCCUCGUGAAGAGUGCCAUCGUGCAGGUUGAUGCUGCCCCCUUCAGGCAGUGGUACCUCCAGCAUUACGGGGUUGAGAUUGGAAGGAAGAAGAAGGCCCCAACAGCUUCCAAGAAAGACGCAAUGGAGGAGGGUGAAGCUGCUGCAGAGGAAGAAAAGAAGAGCAACCACGUAACCAGGAAGCUGGAGAAGCGGCAGCAGGGGCGGAUACUUGAUCCUCACAUUGAGGAUCAAUUUGGUGCUGGAAGGUUGUUGGCUUGUAUAUCUUCUCGUCCCGGUCAAUGUGGGAGAUCUGAUGGGUACAUUUUGGAAGGAAAGGAGCUCGAGUUCUACACAAAGAAGCUUCAGCGGAAGAAGGGCAAGGGUGCUGCCGCUUGAGGAAACCACUUAUUUCUCUGAUUCCACCGUGAGUUUCAAAACGAUAUAGUUAUGCACUUUAUUUCAAGCUUUAUUUUUGAAUUGGAGAGAUGUUCUCUUAUCGAAAAUUUGACAUUGUGAAAUAGAGAUGAGUUCAAACACUGUAUUAGACUC